AUGUCUCAUGUCUCUAUUGAUGAUGUCUACAUUCAUGAAUUGGCGCGUGCGCACGAGUCUCCCCUCAAUGCCUCCAGCACUGUUCAUCGCCGCUGGGGGUCUGCGUCCAUUACUUUUGGUGGAGCACGUGCAACUUUUUUAGAGACUUCUCCACGGCCGCAAUCUGCGGUUCUUGCUGUCGCCGGUGCGUGCAGCGAGAGCACGGCGAUCGCGGCACAGAUGGAGUUUGAGAGAAUUGGUGCAGGCGAAGAGGCACCGUAUACGUCGUACCUUUUCUCGCCUGAGGCGCGCAUUGUGGACCUGAGCAUGUUGCCUGUGGCCACAGACAAGAAUCGUGAGAGUGACAGGCAUAAGGUUGCUGUGGAUGCUGCUGGAGGGGAUGGGUGCACGCGGGUGUGUUUCUCCCCGGAGGGGGAUUCUUAUAUUGUGGGCACGGAGCGGGGCAAGCUGUGGUUUGUGCAGGUAACUCUCAACCCGGGCGGUGCCAUCGCAACCACCGCUGCGGCGCCGCUUCUGCUUCAGGGCCACAGCGGUGCCGUGACGGAUAUCGCCUUUGAUGACGUGGGCACAUGCUUUGCUUCGGCGGGGGCGGACGCCUGCGUUAUAUUGUGGAGCCAGCGAACGCCGACCAAAGUGCGUCGCAUCAACACCGAUGGUGUCGUGCCUGCCGCGGUUCGAUUUAUGCCGAAGAACAACAACUAUCUCCUCGUCUCGCUCCCGCAGCAUCAUCUGCUUCGACUAUACAACAGCUCCACCGGGUUUCCCGUGACGCGCAAGGGGCAGCUCAUACGUGUGGAGGCUACCGCGUUGGCAAUGGAGCCCUGCGCCGACCCCUUUCUCUUUUUGGGCGACGCGCACGGGGCCAUCACCGUUUGGCGGUAUCGCGUGAGCCGCGUUGACGCUGUGGCAUGCCCCUCCGUCGUGACCGAGGACGCAAAGGAAGCAAGGCAGCGAGGGCAGCCAAACAAGAGUUCUCAGCCAUCGCCGCCAGAAGCUACUUCUUCCUCCACGCCACCGCCAGCUGCGGCAGCAGCAGCAGCGCCGGUAACAUCGUUGUUGCAUACGGCCGCCAUGGCGGUCGAACAGUCCGCCAUUAGAGCGCGCAUCGAACAUGAACGGCGGCAUGAGCUCAUGCCUGCCGCAGUAGUUGAGGGUCAGCCGCAAUUUGAGAAAAUAGCGGGGUGCGUUGUAGAGAAGGGGGCACCCGUGGCGUCAUUGGUGGUAAGUUCAAUGAAUCACCAACAGCUUCAUUGCCUUUUACGUGCCCAGCAGACGGGCCAGGAACUUCCUGAGAGAAGCACCGUCAAAAAGUGGGCGGCGGCUGCACUUGGAGCAGGAUGGCCACGCAAUAAAGGAAAUAAGCUGGCUGUCCAAACAGGUGCUAAAAUUUCAGCCCGAUCGGCUUAUGCCGUGAUGUUGCUCGCCUCAUUUCCGCGGGAUCGAUUGGUAAUACUUUCCGUUCAAUCAAGCAAAUCCACUUCUCGGGAAUACAAGCUGAUCCCUAUGUUAAUGGUGACAGGCGCAUGCCGUAUCCGCCAAAUGUGGGUAGGCACUUCUUUUUGUGCGGACAAUGUACGCUGCCCUACAAUCUCGUGUACCUGCGGCGAAGGGUUUGUUCACAUUAUCGCCUGCACCCCAGCACGCCCAUUGGCUAUGGAGGAGGAAACUGUGAAGAGAAAUUGUCUCACUACCUCCAAGCCGGUUCAAUGGAGCAUCAUGGCAACUCUGCCGGUGCCGUGCGGCGGUGUCCCACGCAGUUUGGCGUGGUCGCCCGAUAUGAGGCUUCUUGCGGCGGUGACGGAAGAAGGCAUGCUGUACGAGUGGCGGCGCGUGCAGUUGCAACACGGCGAGUUUUGGCGCAGCGGCAAGGGGCCUUGUCAGGAUGAUGACGACUCAACUGGUGGGCCCCGCACGCUGGAUGAGGCGGAAGAAUGGCGUAUUUGCCUGCAGCGGAGACGAGAACGACAAAUGCGCCGCUACCGCGCCCGCGGUAGAACCGGUGACUCUCGCGACAGCUCAUUGAGCGGCUUGGACGACUGGUGGGAGAGAAGCGGGGAUUCCAUGAGCCAAAGUUCGGGGCGGUCUCCCAGGUAA